UUUGGAAUCAAUUUUAGAAUAGCUAACAAAAUAGUCAGAACUUAUUAUACCAGUGACACUGCCAAUUCAAAAAGUCCCUUUUGCUAGAACUGUCCCAUGGUGCCUGGCAAACAACAUGUUUCCUGCAUCGAAAAAGUCUCUUACCAAAGACUGAACAGUAAUUCAUAAAGUAUCAUCGAACCUAACUGUGACUGUGAGUGGGAUCCAGGGAUAAAUAAAAAUUUAAAAAAUUGUGAUCUGCUGGUCAGAAUUGUAACAAAUAAUAAAAAUGUACAGUAAAUAUUAUGCAAAUAUUAUAUUAAACAGACUGUUUCAAUAUCCUAUAACAAUUUCACAGAGUUAUUUGAGAUAUUGCAGUUUGACCAUGCUGCAAGUCAAAGACAUGUCUUGCUUCCAGAGUCAAAGAAGAUUCAUUCAAACCACAACAAAAACAAAUUCGUUAGAUGAAGACAGUGACCCUUUGAUAAAGUACAAGUACCAAUUUCCUAAGCGCAAGCCAAAGACCACUAAUAAUGUAGACAUCAAUGAACUUGUAACACAAGUGAUACAAAAAGUUCAUCUCAUCGACAAAAUGAUAACUUCUAUACCUAAAACCACCAUUAAAAAGCAAGUUGAAAUCAUUCUUAACCUGGAUGCCAACCCAUCCAUAAUAGUAGAGUUUUUUUCAAAGAAACCAUCAUUUUUGAAAGCAGAACACCUCGGAAUUUUGGUUGAAGGAUUGAAAAAGUAUGGAUUGAAGGAAGGAGAUAUUUUUAAACUCUUAUGCACUAUUGACAAUUUAGAGGAACUUAAAAUGAAGAAAAUUGAGACAACCUUCGAUAUUUUUAGGUCAGUAGGUAUGGCCAAUAAUGAUAUAAUCAAAACUUUUCUAAGGAAUCCCAACAUCGUUAGAUUAUCUUAUAAACAGAUAUUAAACCGUGUUGAUAGUUUAAAAGCCUUGUUUAAAACUUCAGAUGUUUUAAGUCUGAUCACUAGCACACCUGAUAUUUUAUUUGACAGUAUGGAUGAAGUGACCAAAAAGUUUAUGUAUGUGCAUCAAAAUAUGGGUGUAACUCAGAGACAAAUGAUGUACUCGUCUCUGUUUCAAUGUAGAUUACAACAUGUGAUCAACAGACACAUGUUUUUAGAGCGUACUGGCUUUUUUACUAAGGAAAUAAAGCAGAAUAUUGGAAGACUGAGUACCAAUCCCAUACUUCAAAAUAUUAUUGACAAUUCUGAUGCAGAUUUUGCUAAAAUGUAUGGUAAUAUGGAUGUAGCAGAAUAUCAAGCAUUUUGUAAAUUACUAGCUAAAGAAAGAGCAUUUGUCUCCGAAGAUGAAAUAUGAAAUAUUAAAGGAGCAUUGCAAUAUAUUUCAGUGAAUAAAACUGCUCAGUUGAAUAUAGAAGGCUCAGGGGACACUUUAAUCUUGACUAUCCAAAAAACACCAAUACCUAUUUUAAGGUCAUUGGCCAUUCUUUUAUGUUUUGUCAUUUUUAAACAAGUAAUAGCAUAGUAUUAAAGUAUCUGAAACUUUUUACAUAGCUGUAUUGAAAUAUUUAGAAUAUAUAUUAGAUGCAAAAAUUAUAAGGUAUUUUUGAAACCAUAAAUAACUUAAUUGUCAUUUC